UUCCGCGGGCGCGCCGCCGGGACAGCCCUCGCCUGGUCCUCCCGCGCCGCGCGGCCGCCUCGCCUCCGCCUGACCCCCGCCUCGCCCCGGCAUCCCCCCGCGCGCCGAGCCGCGCCCCGCCGCCGGCCCGGAGCCGCCCUCGCGAGCCGCCAGCCAUGGCUGCGGGCCCGGAGCCCCGACGGCGCCUGCUGCUGCUGCUGCUGCUGCUGCCGCUGCUGCCGCCGCCCUCGGCCCCCGCGACGGCGCCCUCCGAUCGAGCCCGCGGCGCCCCCGCGGUCAACCCAGACAAGCUGCUGGUGAUCACCGUGGCCACGGCGGAGACCGAGGGCUACCGGCGUUUUCUGCAGUCGGCCGAGUUCUUCAACUACACCGUGCGGACCCUAGGCUUGGGCCAGCAGUGGCGAGGCGGGGACGUGGCCCGCACGGUCGGCGGCGGCCAGAAGGUCAGGUGGCUUAAGCAGGAAAUGGAGAAACACGCAGACCGGGAAGACAUGGUCGUCAUGUUCGUGGACAGCUACGACGUGAUUCUGGCGGGCAGCCCCACGGAGCUGCUGAGGAAGUUCGUGCAGAGCGGCAGCCGGCUGCUCUUCUCCGCUGAGAGCUUCUGCUGGCCCGAGUGGGCGCUGGCGGAGCAGUACCCCGAGGUGGGCACGGGGAAGCGCUUCCUCAACUCGGGAGGGUUCAUUGGCUUCGCUCCCACCAUCUAUCACGUCGUGCGCCAGUGGAAGUACAAAGACGAUGACGAUGACCAGCUGUUCUACACCCGCCUGUACCUGGACCCCGGGCUGAGGGAGAAACUCAAGCUCAAUCUGGACCAUAAAUCCCGGAUCUUCCAGAACCUCAAUGGAGCCUUAGAUGAAGUGGUCUUAAAGUUCGACCAGAAUCGAGUGCGCAUCCGAAAUGUGGCCUACGACACGCUUCCUGUUGUGGUCCAUGGGAACGGCCCCACUAAGCUGCAGCUCAGCUACCUGGGGAACUAUGUCCCCAACGGCUGGACUCCCGGGGGAGGCUGCGGCUUCUGUGACCAGACCCGGAGGGCGCUCCCGGGGGGGCAGCCUCCCCCCCGGGUGCUGCUGGCCGUGUUUGUGGAGCAGCCCACCCCCUUCCUGCCCCGCUUCCUGCGGCGCCUGCUGCUCCUGGACUACCCCCCCGACCGGAUCUCCCUCGUCCUUCACAAUAACGAGGUGUACCACGAGCCUCACAUCGCGGACGCCUGGCCACAGCUCCGGGACCACUUCUCAGCCGUGAAACUGAUCGGACCAGAGGAGGCGCUGAGCCCCGCCGAGGCCCGGGACAUGGCCAUGGAUAGCUGUCGGCAGAGCCCCGAGUGCGAGUUCUACUUCAGCCUGGAUGCUGACGCCGUCCUGACCAACCCGGGCACCCUGCGCAUUCUCAUUGAACAAAACAGGAAGGUCAUCGCACCCAUGCUUUCCCGCCACGGCAAGCUGUGGUCCAACUUCUGGGGUGCCCUGAGCCCCGACGAGUACUACGCCCGCUCCGAGGACUACGUGGAGCUGGUGCAGCGGAAGCGAGUGGGCCUGUGGAACGUGCCCUACAUAGCCCAGGCCUACCUGAUCCGCGGGGACACCCUGAGGACGGAGCUGGCGCACAAGGACGUCUUCUCCGGCGGCGACACUGACCCCGACAUGGCUUUCUGCAAGAGCCUCCGCGACAGGGGCGUCUUCCUGCACCUCAGCAACCAGCACGAGUUCGGCCGGCUGCUCGCCACGGCCCGCUACGACACGGAGCGCCUGCACCCCGACCUCUGGCAGAUCUUUGACAACCCUGUGGACUGGCAAGAGCAGUACAUUCACGAGAACUACAGCCGCGCGCUGGCCGGGCCCGGGCUGGUGGAGCAGCCAUGCCCAGACGUGUACUGGUUCCCGCUGCUGACGGAGCAGAUGUGUGACGAGCUGGUGGAGGAGAUGGAGCACUAUGGCCAGUGGUCGGGAGGACGGCAUGAGGACUCGCGGCUGGCUGGGGGCUACGAGAACGUCCCCACGGUGGACAUCCACCUGAAGCAGGUGGGCUUCGAGGACCAGUGGCUGCAGCUGCUGCGGACCUACGUGGGGCCCAUGACCGAGCACCUGUUCCCCGGCUACCACACCAAGACGCGGGCGGUGAUGAACUUCGUGGUCCGCUACCGGCCAGAGGAACAGCCCUCUCUGCGGCCGCACCACGACUCCUCCACCUUCACCCUCAACGUCGCCCUCAACCGCAAGGGCGUGGACUACGAGGACCAUGUGCCCAGGGGAGGAGGCCACCCACGGUGGGCCGGGCCCUGUGUCAGCCCAGAGCGUGUCCGCAGGCCAGUGUGAUGGACAGGUGCAUUCCCGCGGUCCAGGCCUCUUCCCUCGGGAGACCAGCUUUGUCAAGUUGACGAACGCCAGCCAGCUGCACCCCUCCCUCCUGCCCCCUGUCUGCGAGGCUCUCUUUUCUUGGGGCCACAAACUCCCUGACAGUGUAGAGAAGGACGGGCUGUUGGGCUCGCAGUCUGAGGGUGCACAGUCAUGGCGGGCGUGGUGGAGGGAGCUUGAGCUGUUGCAGGUUAAGCUGUGCCCGCAGCCAGGAAGCAGAAGUGAGUGCCACCUUGCCUGGCUCUUGGUGUCAGGCCUGGACGGUGCUCCCUCAUGUGGCUGUGCUCCCCAGGCCAUCCCAGAAACUCCCUCCCGACGUCCGUCAGGUUUGCGGCUCCGCCCAGGCUGAGAGGCUCCUGCAGCCUCCCUGCCCUCCCUCGUCUGCUGACCUUGUCUGCUGACCUUUUCUCGGUGUCUCCCCAGG